AUGCUUGGGAUUAAAACAUAAAAAACAAGCUAGUGCCUCGAAAAUAAAUACAAUUAACACACUCUAAGAUUAAGGAACCAACGUGUUCAACCUUAAACGGCAUGACAAACUGUGUGUAUAUUCUUUCUAGUUUGGAAUCCUUUCAACUUUGUCUGAAGAAUGUUUCAGAAUCCUUCUCCAGAUUAACAUUUUGAGAUGGUGUUAUAUGAGCAUUCAGAUGUUUUUCAAUGGGGUCUUAAUAUUCUUGACGGUGACCCUGCUUAUAGUCCUGGAUACUAUGGCAACAUAAUUCAACAUGAUAAUGGUGACAUCUAUAAUGGACACUACUUUCAUAGCCAUUAUGGUAAUGAAUGUAACCAUGUAGAGAAUGAUGAGAUCAUUGCCCGCACACUUCAAGAAGAGUUUUCACAGCUGGAGAUUGCUGAAUCUUCAGGAUAUUUACAGGCAGGUGAAGAGCAGUUCCAUGUUUCUGAGACUGAGCCUGCAUAUGAUUGGCAUAACUCUUCAAUGGUGAACUAUUGUUCAGGAGUUCAUGAUUAUACCCAAGAAGGAGUUGGUGAUGAAGAACCAUCUAGCUCAUGUUCAAGUCCUUGUGAAAAAGAGGAAUAUUCAUUAGAGCUAACUGACAGUUAUCCACUUGAUGAUGAAGUAGGGAGGAGAUUGAGUCAAAUGAUACCAAUUCCUCAUGUUCCAAAAAUUAAUGGAGAAAUUCCUUCAAUCGAUGAAGCAACUUCAGAUCAUCAAAGGCUUCUGGAUAGAUUGCAGUUAUAUGACUUUGUGGAGCACAAGGUACAAGGUGAUGGUAAUUGUCAGUUCCGUGCUUUAUCUGAUCAAUUGUAUCAUGCACCUGAUCACCACAAGUUUGUGAGACGACAAAUUGUCAAUCAGCUCCAAUCGAAUCCAGACAUAUAUGAUGGAUAUGUUCCCAUGGAAUAUGAUGACUACUUGGAGAAGAUGUCUAAGAGUGGAGAAUGGGGUGAUCACGUCACUCUUCAAGCAGCUGCAGAUUCAUAUGGUGUGAGAAUAUUUGUGAUGACUUCUUUCAAGGACACCUGUUGCAUAGAGAUUCUUCCUCAUUUUGAGAAGCCAAAAGGAGUAAUUUUCUUGAGUUUUUGGGCAGAGGUGCAUUACAACUCCAUUUAUCCCCAAGGAGAUAUACCUUCAAGUGAGUCGAGAAAGAAGAAAAGGUGGUGGAACUUUGGGAGCAAACAUUAACUACACCCCUUUUUAACACAUUUUUCCAUGUUCAGGAAUGAAUUUAUAUCCCCAUGUUUUUAGCCGGUCAUUUUUUUAUAAUUAUUUUAUUUACCUUUCAUUAAUUAUAAUGAUAAAUCUGGGUCUGCUGAUACAGCUGUAUCCCAGCGACAUUUUGAAACUGGAAGCUAUGCGGAAGAAACCAAAAUUUAUACAUAAAAGAUUAAACAUUAAAGCAGAUAAGAUGAAUGGUUGAUUGAGGUGAAUAGUUGCUUUACAGUAGUUUUUUUCAUCUUGAUUAGUUUAGUUUGAUACCUUAGGUUUUUGAAUUCAUGACAAAGUAAUGUGUUCAUAAUCAUAGGUAGAACUUGUUAACUAUUUGUUAUUAUUCAAACCUUUUUAAUGAUGCAG